AUGCGUUCCUCACUCGCCAGAUCUCUACAAAAGAUACCAUCUACAUCUACUUCUGCGAGAAAGAUUACUGCUGGAAGUAAAGUUACUACACCUGUUUCGUACUUUGCUACAUCUUCUUUCAAUACAUCGACAGCAGGAGCAACAGCAAGAGUAAUCUCUCAUAAUACACAUACAAACUCCAAUAUGUCAUCAGGAAUUCCCGUUGCCGACGAUGCCCGCAGAGGCUCAAACGAGUUGGGAAAGGGAAGUAGAUUGUAUAGCACGACUUCGGGCUCUGCACAUGCGAGUUCUGGAAGUGUUGGCACAGAGGGAUUCAGUGAGUUGGGAAUUGAAAAUACGAAUGUUCAUACGGCUCCCGGGGUGGAAUUGAAUCAGAAACAGAAGGUGGUUGUGGGAAGUGUUUUGGAUCUCUUUGCAGGUCUUCCCUCCCUCGAAAAACUAUCUCUCUGGUCUGACAACGCCGUCUUCGCUGAUCAAAUCACCAAUGCCGAGGGACGCAAACAAUAUUCUGCUCAAUGGUUUGGAUUAAAAACUGUUUGUAACAAAAUAGAACGUCUCGGACAUGAGGUCACGAGUGCUGGAAAUCCAAUCGAGAUGGAUUUGAAGACAAAAUAUGUUUUGAAGGGGGGUAUGGAACAGACUGUUGAGAGUAAGGUGAGUAUCUGGACAGAGCAACAGGGUGGAGAGGGAAAGAUUACAAAGGUUCAGGAUGCGUGGAAUGGGAAUGUGCCUAGUGAGGGCUUUUUCGUCAAGGCACUUCGAAACCUUAAUAGUGUGGUUGUACCCGUUGUUGUUAGCGUGCCAAAGAAUGACGCAGAGGAUGCUAAGAAGGGCAAUCAAUGA